AUGGGCAUGGGCGCCAACAAAGUGGUGCUAGUUCUAGUAGCGUUACUUACGCACAAUUUAGUAUCGUCCAGCGCGGCUUCAGGGAACGGUGGUGUUAAAAAUGGUAGUGAACCACGGUUCACAUGCCCGGAGCCAACUCCAAACAUCGACUGUAGCUGCAUGUACGUAUAUAAAGACUACGAAAUCCAGUGUCCUGUUUUUAAUCCGAAAAUUACGGUGAACAUUCUGUCGGAAAAAUACGUCCACAUACAGUGCUACGAAAAAUACGAAUUCAGCGGAAUGCCCAUGCUGACCGUGGGUAACACGGAUCAGGUGAAAAUCAGACACUGCCCCUUGCCGCAGCGUCAAUCGAUUCGGCAAUUCAUCAGCUUCCUUGGGGUUGGAAAUAUCAAAGAUUUCUGGUAUCAGAACUUCGACAAAGAUUCAGAAGUUCGUCUGAUUCGGCAACACUUUGAGGGCAUGCAGGAUCUGGAGAAAUUAUAUCUAACUAACGUCAUCGCAGACAUCCAGCCAGAUCUGUUUGCAGACCUACCGAGUCUCAAGUGGUUGAUUCUACGCAGUAAUCUUGUGAAACUAAUGCACAACGUAUUUGAUAACUUGACGAAUCUGAUAAUUCUAGAACUCGGCGGCAAUCAGAUUACAGAGCUAGAACCGGGUCUAUUCAAGAAUCAGCACAAGCUCCGUCACCUGAAUCUGUUUAACAAUAAGUUACGAAACAUUACCAAAGAUUCGUUCCGAGGAGCAGAAGCUCUCGAAGGGCUUGACCUCUCGGUCAAUGCCAUCGAAUCGUUGCAACAGGAUGUGUUCAGUGGACUGCCCAAUCUAAGCGUGCUCAACCUCAGUAUCAAUCGAUUUGUAAUUCUGCCUGAACUGCUCUUAGCCAACAAUCGUAAGCUCGAAGACUUUAAGCUCAACAAUAAUCAAGUACCGUUGCAAACUCUGCCCGAAAAUUUCCUAAGCAAUUUAAUGCAACUGAAAGACGUCAAGCUCCAGGGAUGUAGCUUCACAAAUCUGCCUGCCUCGCUGUUUCGUGGCUCCACCGACAUCACCGAUUUGGAUUUGAGCUACAAUCAGCUCAUCUUACUACCGGAGCUACUGCUACGAGAUCAACUGGAACUUCAAAAUCUGAACCUUGCCUACAACGAAUUGGAAACGCUCCCGGAAAGGCUAUUCGAAAACACGAAAGAACUUUUAACCCUGCAAUUGUCAUUCAACCGGCUCCACAAUCUGUCAGCGACUGUCUUCGCAUCACUGACUAAACUGACCGUUCUGAACCUGGACAACAACCACCUUCACGUUAUCGACCAUUUGACCUUCAGCAGAACACAUGCUCUGGAGAAACUGUACAUGCAGAACAACCAGCUGUCCUUCGGCUCGUCCAGCUACGGCAAAACACCUUUCCAAUAUUUGACGAAGCUCAGCGUUCUAAACCUACGCAACAACAGCAUAACCACAAUCUUCGGUGAUUUGCUCUUAAAUAACCUACAGCUGCGAGAGCUGGAUUUAAGUUACAACAACAUCCCAACUCUCUCAUACCUAGAUCUACAAUUUUUGUCCCAGGAUAUCCGCGUUAAUUUAUCUCACAAUCGAAUCUCCGAAAUAUACUUAAAAGACAUGGAACCCAUCAUAACAGCUCCGGGCCAGAGUGAUAAAUCCAAAAUUCGAGUAGACGUCAACGACAACCCUCUGAACUGCGAUUGCAUCAUUUUAUCCUUCGUACAAUAUCUGCUUAAAAAACUGGACAAAGCCGUAUACAAUAAAGUAACACUCGAAGCCGAUCGGUUGUACUGUGCAGAACCUAAGGAGCAUCGUGGCAGCCUAGUUGAUCAGCUACAAACCAAGGACCUGCUCUGCCCGCUGGAUAAAGUAGGUACAAGAACCGAACACUGCCCUGCGAAGUGCAGCUGCUUCGUCCGGUCGCUCGAUUGGGGAGUUAUCGUCAACUGCACUGGACAGGGUCUGCUGGAGGUUCCACCACUUCCACAAUCCACGUGGGAAGUUGAAUACUUUUUGGAACUGCACAUCGAGGACAACAACAUCACCCAGCUGCCAACCGAAAAUCUCACUGGAUACGCUAAGGUUGCUGAACUAUACGCCCACAACAAUGCAAUUUCACAGCUGGAACCCGAAAAUCUGCCGUCGGGUCUACGUAUCCUGGAUAUUACCAAAAACCGAUUGACUAUGCUGAACCAAACGGUUGUUGAGGUGCUGAAUGCUAGUAAACAGCUAGAGAGUCUGCGUCUUUCCGACAACAAGUGGAGCUGUGAUUGUGCUUCAACACAAUUCUUGAACUUUGUCCAGCAGAAUCACAAGCGUAUUGGAGAUAUCGGUAAGGUGACCUGUGCGGAUGGCAAAGAGUUCGACUCGAUCACCAUUAACGAUCUGUGCCACGGAAAUAUAACCUUGAUCAUCACGAUCAGCGUUGUUUUGUCGAUACUGGGACUUCUGAUUGGAUUGUUUACCGUGCUGUACUUCACCUACCACAUGGAAAUCAAAGUUUGGUUGUUCAUGCACAAUCUGUGCAUGUGCUGGGUAUCGGAAGAAGAACUCGACAAGGAUAAACUGUAUGAUGCGUUUAUUUCGUACUCACAUAAGGAUGAAGAUUUUAUUACGGAACACCUGGUGACCACACUGGAGAAAGAACCAAUGAACUUCAAAACUUGCUGGCAUGUACGCGACUUUAUGCCGGGGGAAUUGAUUCCAACUCAGAUCGCCAAAUCCGUGGAAGAUUCCCGGCGAACAAUCGUGGUAUUUUCGAAGAACUUCCAAGAAUCGGUUUGGGCCCGAAUGGAGUUUCGAACAGCGCACCUUAACGCGAUGGCCGAAAAUCGCGCACGCGUCAUCGUCAUCAUCUACGAUGAUGAGUUAGACAUGGAACACAUGGAUACCGAGUUGAAGGCCUACCUCAAGAUGAACACCUACGUCAAAUGGGGCGAUCCGUGGUUCUGGAAUAAACUCCGCUAUGCCAUGCCACACCCGCCAGCGGUGAAAGGUUUAAAGGGAAAAGGUCUGAUAAUAAACAACAUUAAAAGUUCUAUUGACGACCAACUGGAACUGGUCAAACCCGUCUUGGUUACUCCUCAACAAAAUACAACUCCUCAUGCGGAAAUGAAUGGCAAACGGACUCCUGUAUUUACCAUCUCUAAUGGAGGAUCCUUAAUGAAAGGACUCGAUGGGAACGGACUUGUCAAUACUAAUGCCAAACAAAGUGACGUGUGA